AUGAGCGACAUAGUGGAGAAGACGCUGACGGCGCUGCCGGGACUGUUCCUGCAGAACCAGCUGGGUGGCGGGGCCGCGUCGAUCAAAGCGUCUUUCUCCUCACGGCUGGGUGGCCUGGUCCGCGGCAUCACCGCGCUCACCUCCAAGCAUGAGGAAGAGAAGUUAAUCCAGCAAGAAUUGAGUAGUCUGAAAGCGACUGUUUCUGCUCCUACUACAACACUGAAAAUGAUGAAGGAAUGUAUGGUGAGACUUAUAUAUUGUGAAAUGCUUGGAUAUGAUGCUUCUUUUGGCUAUAUACAUGCAAUCAAGUUGGCACAACAAGGAAACCUCUUAGAAAAGAGAGUAGGAUAUUUGGCUGUUUCUUUAUUUCUACAUGAAAAUCAUGAACUGUUGCUUCUCCUUGUGAAUACAGUUGUAAAGGAUCUGCAGAGUACUAACUUGGUAGAAGUGUGUAUGGCACUUACUGUCGUCAGCCAGAUCUUUCCUCGAGAAAUGAUUCCAGCUGUUCUUCCAUUAAUAGAGGAUAAACUGCAACAUUCUAAGGAGAUUAUACGAAGAAAAGCUGUGCUGGCUUUAUACAAAUUCUAUCUCAUUGCUCCCAAUCAAGUACAGCAUAUUCAUAUUAAAUUUCGGAAAGCACUUUGUGACAGAGAUGCUGGGGUCAUGGCUGCCUCCUUGCACAUAUACCUUAGGAUGAUUAAGGAGAAUUCAUCUGGAUAUAAAGACUUGACUGGGAGUUUUGUAACAAUUUUGAAGCAAGUAGUUGGAGGAAAGCUCCCAGUAGAUUUCAAUUACCACAGUGUGCCGGCACCGUGGUUACAAAUUCAACUCUUGAGAAUACUGGGACUUCUUGGAAAAGAUGAUCAAAGGACAAGUGAAUUAAUGUAUGAUGUUCUUGAUGAAUCCUUACGAAGAGCCGAGUUAAAUCACAAUAUCACAUAUGCUAUUCUAUUUGAAUGUGUGCAUACAGUCUAUUCUAUUUAUCCUAAAUCAGAAUUACUUGAGAAGGCUGCCAAGUGCAUUGGAAAAUUUGUUCUGUCACCUAAAAUAAAUCUCAAAUAUUUAGGACUGAAGGCUCUUACCUAUGUUAUCCAACAGGAUCCCAGUCUGGCUCUUCAACACCAGAUGACAAUAAUUGAAUGCUUAGAUCAUCCUGAUCCCAUUAUUAAAAGAGAGACUUUGGAACUUCUUUACAGAAUUACUAAUGCACAGAAUAUAACAGUUAUUGUCCAGAAAAUGCUUGAAUAUUUACAUCAGAGCAAAGAAGAGUAUAUCAUCAUCAAUUUGGUUGGCAAAAUUGCUGAGCUGGCUGAGAAAUAUGCUCCUGAUAAUGCUUGGUUUAUUCAGACAAUGAAUGCUGUAUUUUCAGUGGGAGGAGAUGUAAUACAUCCUGAUAUUCCCAAUAACUUUCUGAGACUUCUAGCAGAAGGUUUUGAUGAUGAAACAGAAGAUCAACAAUUAAGACUUUAUGCAGUUCAGUCUUACCUCACUUUACUAGAUGUGGAAAAUGUGCUCUAUCCACAAAGAUUUCUUCAAGUUAUGAGUUGGGUGUUAGGAGAGUAUUCCUACCUUUUAGAUAAGGAAACACCUCAGGAGGUUAUAACCAGACUUUACAAGUUACUUGUGAAUGGCUCCAUUUCCUCAGAAACAAAAGCCUGGUUAAUUGCUGCUGUGACCAAGUUGACAACCCAAGCACAUUCAUCUGACAUAGUUGAGAGAUUAAUCCAGGAAUAUACCAGAUCUUUGGAUACAUGUAUGAGACAGCAUGCAUUUGAGUUAAAACAUUUGCAUGAGAAUGUGGAACUUAUGAAGAGUGUGCUUCCAGUUGAUAAGAGUUGUGAAGACUUGGUGGUAGAUGCUUCCUUAUCUUUUCUGGAUGGUUUUGUGGCUGAAGGACUCAGUCAGGGGGCCGCACCUUACAAACCUCACCACCAACGCCAAGAGGAAAAGUUUUCUCAGGAAAAGGUUCUCAAUUUUGAGCCAUAUGGACUCUCCUUUUCUUCAUCUGGUUUCACUGGACGACAGUCUCCUGCUGGCAUUUCUCUUGGUUCAGAUAUAUCUGGGAAUAGUGCUGAGAUGGGGCUGAAAGAGACAAACAGCUUGAAGCUUGAAGGUGUAAAGAAAUUGUGGGGAAAAGAGGGCUAUCUUCCCAAGAAAGAAAGCACAGUGGGUGAUGAAGCUGAAUCUCAGCCUGUUCCUCAAGAUAAUGUAAAAAUGGAGAAUAUAGAUCAAACUAUAACAAAAAAGGACCAACCUCAAGUACAUAUGCAGUCCAAAGAAGAGAAAGAAAAGCAGCUGUUGGCAUCAUCAUUAUUUGUUGGGCUAGGAUCUGAAAAUACAAUCAAUUUGCUGGGAAAAGCAGAUACUGUCUCUCACAAAUUUAGAAGGAAAUCAAAAGUCAAGGAAAUAAAAAGUGGAGAAGCAACCAGUGCUCAUAAUAUGACCUGCUCUUCCUUUAGUUCUUUAUCAAAUGCAGCAUAUGAAGAAGAUUAUUAUUUGGAUGUUUUGCAGAAUAGAGAAGACAAAGAAUUAAAGAAAAUUUCCCUCAAUUCAGAAUAUUUGGAUUCUGAGUCAUUCACAGAGCUACACGUGGUUGAGAAACUCUCAAAUUGCAACCUCUCUGCGCCUUCUUUGUUUGCUGAUAACAACUUGGAAAUUUUUCACCCUUCUCAAUCUACUACAGCCUCAGUUGCCAAUGAAGUUUCCAUAGCUGCUGCUUUGUUGGAAGAACCUACUGAACACAUGCAUUCAGACCUUAUGGAGAUUUGUAAUAAUGAAACCAUAUCCGUAACUUCUUAUAAAAUUUGGAAAGAUGAUUGUUUAUUGAUGGUCUGGUCAGUUGCUAAUAAGAGUGGUUCAGAAUUAAAAAGUGCUAACUUAGAAAUUGCUCCUGCAGAAAAUUUCAAGAUCACUGAACAACCUGAAUGCUGUUUGCCAAUGAUAGAAGCAGAAAGCACGAAAAAUUUCCAACAUAGUGUGCAGAUGGAAAAAUCUUUUACAGAAGGGACUCUCUCUGGUUUUAUAAAUUAUCAAAUGAUGGAUAGUCAUUCUGUUCAGCUGGAAUUUUCAGUAACCUUAUCAUUAUUAGAUUUUAUUAGACCAUUAAAAAUUUCUACUGAAGACUUUGGCAAACUUUGGUUAUCCUUUGCAAAUGAUGUGAAGCAGAAUGUAAAAAUGUCAGGAUCUCAAGCCGCUCUGCCUUCUACCCUAAAGACCCUGCAAAAGAAACUAAGACUUCAUAUUGUUGACAUUAUAGGCAAUGAAGGGCUGUUGGCCUGUCAGCUGCUCCCAUCUACCCCCUGUCUGCUGCAUUUCCGAGUUCACGCUGACGUAUUGGCCCUGUGGUUCAGAUCCUCUUGUUCUACUCUUCCUGACUAUUUACUGUAUCAGUGUCAAAAAGUGGUGGAGGGAUCCUAG